AGCUACUGUCACAUGAAUGUUUUGUUGCGAAAGCUCAGCUUGACAGUUUCAUGUCAAAUUUCACGGGUCUUGCUUUGCCAGCUGGAUCUCAAGUGGCAGAUUUCCCUACUAAAUAACAACGAGAUAUCCCCGACAGCUAUUUUAAAGGCGUCAAGACGACCGUGAUCUGGGAACGUCUCACGCCAAAUGAUUGUUAAGAAUCUCCUGCAUAGCCAUUAGCCAGUCAUGCUGCGAUGGAUACUCGGUGGUCGGGAAGCACAGGGGUCUGUCGAGAAAAACCCUGUGCUAUUCAUUGGGGAGGAACAGCCCAAAAACUGGUUCACUGAACUGCAGGUGCUAAAAGGACAUUUUGACAUUGUUCGAUUUCUGGUGCAGAUUGAUGACUUCAGGUUUGCGUCUGCAGGAGACGAUGGUCUGGUGUUGGUGUGGAACGUUGAGACAGGAGAGAGGCUGCUGGAACUAAGGGGUCACUCCCAGCAGAUAACAGCCAUGACAGCCUACACACACACCAGUGGAGAGAACACACACACCUCCCUCAUCACAGCUUCCUCGGACCGCACCCUCAGUCUGUGGGACCCAGAGACAGGCAACAGGGUUCAGACCGUCUCAGACCUCCAGUCCUCUGUCAAGUGUCUGCUGGUGUUGGAGCGGUUAUGUGUGUGGGUGUCGGGAGGAAAUGAGUUGUGUGUGUGGAACAGAGACUUCCAGCUGCAGUGUCAGAGCCAGCACCACGACGACACAGGAAUCAGUGCCAUGGUGGAGUUGCCUAAGAACUGUAUAGCAGCAGCUAUGGACAAAGAUAUAGUGAUUUUCAGGCUGACCAUGUCCACAGGGUCCCGGUUGUCUGUGGCAGAGGUCAGACGUCUAUCUGACCACCAGGACAGCAUCCACGCUCUCAUCAACAUCAAUGAUGGCCUAUUUGCCAGUGGGUCCCAUGUUGGCGAGCUGAUCCUGUGGGAUGCUGUUGAUUGGACGAUUAUGGCCUAUGAGCACAUCCUGUGGGAGGAGUCUCAGACCGACACCCAGGCUGAGAUCCGAUUGGCCGCUCCGAAACCCAGUGAGAUGUCCAUCCAACAGCUGACAUCAGAUGGAGAGCUGAUGGUGGCUGCAGUGGGCAGUGGUCUGUAUGUGUACAGCGUCAUCACUAAGAGUGUUGUGGCCUACAGGAAGACAGCCCACGACUCCAACGUACUGCACACCAUGCUGCUGCCUGAUGGGGGGCUGAUGUCGUGCUCUGAGGAUGGCAGUGUGAGGAUUUGGGAGAUGCAGGACCUUCUGUUACCUGCAGAACCAGCCUCUGCAGGGUUCUUUGGGAUGUGGACUUUCGGCAGGUCCAAUAAGCAGGCGGGGCCUCCUGUGAAGAAGGUUCUUGAGCUCCCCAGUCUCAGAACAUUGGAACUGACGGGCGACCUGAUUGGACACUCAGGGGCCGUGCAGAUGUUUGUGAGUUUUGGGGAGAAGGGUCUGGUAACAUGUUCUACAGACCACCUGCUGAUUGCAUGGAAGAACAGAGAGAGAGAGUCUCACCUCCGCAGUCUCGCCCUCUUCAGGAAACUGGAGGAGAACGGGGGACUCUGACCCCCCACCUGUCAGUCACUAACACAAUUAUUUAUGUUUUUACAGAACACUUUCUACUGGAAGUUAAGGUUUUAAAGAGGGGUGGAAUGUAUUUGUUCCUAGGUGUUGUUAUUUCACUGUCUGAGGUUCAUGGAUGUGUCUAUGUGAUGGAUAUUUCUUUACCAUGUUUGUUGGUUUAGUGAUUUUACAACGUGUGAAAUUCUGUGUGUUUCAAGUCUUCAAUUUUAAUCUGAUGUUCUUAUAUAUGCCUGUCUUCAAGUUGGUCACACAUUUAUUUGCCAAAUGUCUGUAUGGUUAUUUGAACUAUUUUUACCACACACUUGCUUGUUUUUUAAAGCCUAAAAAUAAUGUCACAAAUUAAAGAUACAACUGGUCACAAACACCAUAUUGCAGGAUA